GGCCGGAGCCGGGACACGCCCGCGGGCCGAAGGGAGCCGCGGUGGAGCCGGGACACGCCCGCGGUGCGCAGGCCGGCGGGACCGGGGACACCAGUGACAGCAGGGACUGGGGGGCCUCUGCGGGCGGAGCGCGCUGGAAGGCAGUGCAGACACAGGGCCUGCCCAGGGCCAGCCUGUGGUGAUCCUCCUGGGCUGGGCCGGCUGCCAGGACAAAUACCUGGCCAAGUACAGUGCAAUCUACAGCCAGAAGGGGUGCACGGUCAUCCGUUACACAGCUCCAUGGAGGAUGAUAUUCUUCUCUGAGACCUUUGGCAUCAGAUCCCUGCAGACGCCAGCCAGGCGACUCCUGGAGCUACUCUUUGACUACAGUGUUGAGAACAGACCGGUUCUUUUCCACGUUUUCAGCAAUGGUGGUGUCAUGCUGUACCGUUACAUCGUCGAGGCGCUCCACACCCACGAGCCGUUCCAGAACCUCAGAGUAGCUGGCACCAUUUUCGAUAGCGCCCCCGGCAGGAGAAACUUGCGAGGAGCCCUUCGUGCCCUGGCAACUGUGCUGGCCUCCAUGAACGUGCUGCUCAAGUAUUUCCUGCUGUUCACGUUUGCCAGCGCGGCCGUGGUGCUGCGGAUCCUGCUGUACCCCCUGACCCGCUUCAUGCACGAGAGCCACUACGACGCCCUGCUGAAAGCGCCCUCGCGCUGGCCCGAGCUCUACCUCUACUCCCAGGCCGAUCUCAUCAUCAAGGCCAGCGAGGUUCAGCUCAUGGCCAGUGCCCGGCAGCAGCUCGGUGUUCCUGUCAAAGCUGUGGACUUCUCGGAUUCGGCUCACGUCAGCCACAUGCGGGUGUACCCCACCUACUACCGCAGCCUCUGCACGACCUUCCUGUCUGACUGUGUCGGGGCCUCACCUCCUUAGUGCUGUAAUCACCUGCAGUGUUUGCCUCUGCUUGCUCAGCUCCUAUGGGAAAUGUCACCCCCUUUGCUUUUGUGUCUUUGAAGCGAGGAAGGUAGAGGCUUCUUGUUUGGUUUGUUUUUUUCUUUCCUGUAACGUCUACAAGCUUGAAAGCCUCCAGCCUGGCCUUUGGACCAGCCACGUUAGAGCAGAAAGUAGAUAUGGAUUAAUUUAAAGUUCUGAAGGUGAAAUCCUGUCAUGGUUCAUGUUGAUGUGCUUUGCCAAGGUGUCAUAGACCAGAAUCUCACACCGAGUGUUGUUUCUUUCUUCCUGUCUCUUCUUAUUCUCUGCUUUCCAUGUUGUCACCUUGUCCCUGAUGUCCAACAUGCAUGUUCUGUUGCUUGUAUUAAUUUUACAAUACAGCUCUUCCAUGUCUUUGUUGUUUUGUUAUUUUUUUUUUCCUAACAGUUCUUUUAUCUUGCAAUGAGCGAACAGAGCCAAAUCUGCAGGACUCUUUGCUUUCCUCAGUGCAUCUCAGUUCUUGUUGUACUCUCCUAACUGGAGAUCAGGCCCUGAAACCAAGUGUAAGACCAGGAAAAGGUGUGUGUAGGGCAGUAUGACCAGACUGUAAUCUGGUUCCAUUAAAUAGCUGAGAUAUAACAGUCAAAGCUAUCUGAUCCUUGGUGGGAGCUCAAAUGUUUUUUAUAACUUUUGUGUUCUUCAUCCCAGAGGUUUAAGCUAGCAUUUUUGAAUGUGUCUAGUGUUUUGUUUCUCUUCCUUCCAGUCUUUUGUGUUUUCUACUGAGUAGUUUUGCUUUCUUUGAGAGCUACUUAUUUGUUAAUUGUAUGUCUUGAAGCAGCCUAUAUUUUGCAUCUCAAUAUUCAGGGAAAUUUUUGGAUUAUAGCUGUGCCAGAUCCCAGAAACAGAAAGGUGGAAUUGCAGAAAACAGAACUGUCUCUUGGAGCUGUGCUUCAUACUGGGUAUUUCUUAAAUCACCUCUUGCCUACAAAUGACCAUGAAAUAUGUUUUUGUCCAUCAUGUUCUCUUCAGAUGAUCAGUCUUUGCAGUCCAUACAACAUGUACAAGAAAUUAAUUCCUUCCACCUAGUGAAAAAGUAGCUAAUUGCACUGUACUUCAUGUUUGGGUUUAGGUUUUAUUGUUUAUUUGAGGAAGAAGUGGGGAUAAAGACAGAGGAGAGCCUGCUGAUAUGUUUAUGCUAUGUCACAGUAUAGCAAGAUAAUUAAUUACAUGGUGAACAGGUCUAGCCAACUGUACAUUGCCUGGAAGAAGCUCUGGAGGGCUGUGACAUGGGCCUGCUUGAACAAGGAACUGCUCUAGAGAAGUAGGCAUUUAGAAAGCAGGAGGAGUUUUGAAAAAAGUUCUGCUAGUGGGUGGCUGUGCUGCUUUUGCCUACUCUUGGGGUGUUGUCAUCCACAAUUACAAAACUCUUGCUGUUCUGGAUUGAAAUGCAGAAGGGGAAGUCCUUGGGAAGCACUAAAAAUAAUUUGGAAAUUUAACACAAGAACUGUAACACCUCACAGAAGUGAAAGCACAGGGCGAGUAGCAGUGGUGACCACACAGCUGGUUUGUAGCAGACUUGUGACAAUGCUCACUUAGAGCAGAAUAACCCCCUGAUGGCCAUGGUUUUAGAGGGAGAGUUGGGCUGUAUAUGGGAUAAAUGUGAAUUAACUGAAAAUGGUCUGAUGACCUGGUUUGUCUUUUAUUUUUUAAAAGUGAAAACUGUCUCCAGGCACGGGA